CUUGCAUUCAGUUGUGCAAUCAUUGUUUACAGAAUUAGAUCUAGAUCUAUAUAAAACGAGUACUCGUGAAGCUUAUUCACUGGUUAAUUUAGAUCUGAAAAAAAGAUAUAAAUUAAAAAAAGAACAACUGCUGUAGUUUUAAAUACGUUAACCAGUAGGUCGAUAUAGCCAAGGAGUGUUAGACUACUAGUCUAGAGUCUAGAUCUUGUGACCAGUUUUCUUGGCCACUUGAGUUAACUUUACUUGAACUUUGACCGGACUUCAGAUCUAGUCUUCAAUCAGGUUAAUUUUAGACCUAGAAAUCUAGCUAAGUUUCUAGAUUCUACAUCUAGUUUCUAGAUCUAGUACUUUAAUACACUUUUGUCCCAUUCAUUUUCUAAAAAGGGAUACUUUGUGUAAAACUUUAGAAAUUUUGGAAACAAGCUCUAGUACUAUUACUACUCAAGUAACAACCUUGGAAGAACAAAGUCUUCUGAAUAACAGCAGUACUUCUCAUCUAAUGUCAUUACCUGUUUGCAAGUUUUUCAACACAAAUCAGACAUGCAGAUUUGGUAAAUACUGUAAGUUUUCUCAUUCAACUGCAGACCGCCCUCCUUCGUUAAAAAACAGUGAAAUUCAUCAUGAAGAACUAAAACAGCGCGUCGACCACACAGGUGCUGCUAGUGCUACUGACAGCGUACACAAUCUAACAAGUGAUUGUUCUGAAAAUGAGAAGCUAUUGAACGAGGAGCAAGUUUCUAGUGAAACCAGUCAAACACAACAGACACCAUCAAAUAGUGGUCAGAAUGCAGGCUCAUCAGUGAACAAGAGACCUACAUCAAGAAAAAUCUGUUAUUUUUUUUCAAGUCAAGGUUAUUGUCGAUAUGGAAGAUUUUGCAAUUUUUCCCAUGCAAUAUCAAAAAAGGAUGGUCAAAGUAACCAUGAUGAAAACAAAUAUGAUAAAACCAGACAGAGAAAGGAAAUUCCACCUCGAUUUAAAAAAUCUGAGGAAUCCAAUACUGUAUCAAAAACAGAAAAUCUGACUGAAGAAGUUGAAAAUGAAGAAAAGGAUACACUUCCAACCCAAAAUCAAGCCCAAGACUUGAAGUAUCCUCCUAAAAAAGCUGAAGAAAAUAAAAGGAUCUGUCGGUUUUUUAAGUCAAAUCGAUGUUGGAGAGGGGGAAAGUGCCGAUUUGAGCAUCCUAAGACUUCACAUGCUGAUGAGAUUGCUGGAGGAGGCACAUCUGUUAAAGAUAAUGAACCUGUCACUUCCAAUGAGCCAGAGGAGGAAACAAAGAAUGAAGGGUCACAGAACAAGAGUAAACAGUCCAAGCCACCUCCUGGUAAACAAAUCUUUACCCUCCUGGAGUUGGAGAGAUACAGUAUUGAUGGCUUAAGAGAUUCUGAGAUUCAGUCUAUCAAAAAAAGAUUUCCUAAAGAUAAAAUUACAGUAAUUACAGAUGAGGAGAUAUUUUCUGCCAAAGUCAUCUUCACUCCAACUGAUCCAGAUUGGCCAUUUGAUGUCAAGCAUUAUGAGCUGCUCAUAAAAAUACCAGCUGAUUACCCCAAAGAGAUGAUGCAUGUUGAGCUUCCUACAGAGCAAGAUUUACCUGAAACAGUCAGGAGAUAUGUGGAUGUCAGCAUCAAUGAAUUUCUGAGUUUAAGGAAAGUGCAGUUAAGAGCUAGCAAUAAAGUUGAACUUUUGUUCAGGCCAUUUCUGCGAUGGUUGGAUAGACACAUUGAAGACAUUACAACAGAUGCUCUUAAGCAGUUGAAGAGAGAACUUGUAGCAAGAGCUGCUGGCUUAGAGUUUAUACCUGCUGAAAAACUGAAGGCUAGAUUUCAGGCUGUCAGUGAGUCUAGUGAUGGUAAUGGAGACAGCCAAGAAGAUGGAGAUGAUGCUUCUGGUGAUACUUCUAGCGAGCAAGAGGAGUCUAGUGAAUAUGAAACCUCUGAAGAGGAAGAUGAUGAAAAUACAAACCCCACACAAAAUCUAGAUCCAGAUAAAAAGGGUACUGAGGUGGCAUUGCGAAACUUACAACUAAGGGAGAAUGCCUCAGCCCUUUUGCUUGAGACACUGAAACUUGUUCUUCAGUGUCAAAGAUGCAAGAACCAUUCUGAGCUGAUUGUCCCUCAUGGCAGAGUGAUGUCCCUUCAGUGCAUCAAGUGCAACCAGAAACAGUUUGUCAAUUAUCGUGCAGCUCUGAUGCAUCAAUUUUCCUCCAUUGCUGGUUAUUUAGAUGUGGACGGAUGUCAGGCUUUUGACCUCAUCUUCCAAGACAGCCGUGCUGCUGUUACAUGUCUGGCAUGCAGUAAACAGACACGCAUAAAUGGUUUGGUUACAGGUCAGCUGAUUGAUGGGUGGUGUCAAGCCUGUAAUGCUAGGUUUAAGCUGGCCAGUGAAUCUGUUAAGUUCACUCAGCUCGUCCAGUCUGUUAUUGAUACAGCAGGAAGUAAAGUAGUUGAGGUUACAACAAGUAAAGCCAAAAAGCCACCUAAAGAUCCAGCAAUUAGGGAGGGCUAUCCUUUGCCUGAGUUUGGAACUUGCAAACAUUAUAAGCACAGUUAUCGUUGGCUAAGAUUUUCUUGCUGUGGAAAAGUCUACCCUUGCGACAUCUGUCAUGACAAGAAAGAAGAUCAUGAAAUGGAGAUCGCAACAAGAAUGAUAUGUGGACACUGUUGUAAAGAGCAGAAUUUUGCUGGUAUGCGGCCAUGCAGUGGAUGUGGACAGCACAUGACUAAAGUCAGAUCCGCACAUUGGGAGGGAGGUACUGGAUGCAGGGACAAAAUAGCCAUGAGUACAAAAGACCAGCAAAAGUACAAGAAUAUGAAUAAAACCCUGUCCAAUCAUAAAAAGAAAGUAGAAAAGGGAGCUACCAAGAAGAAAACUACAAAGCUCAGACAUAGUUAGAAGUAAUAUUGUUACUUUUUAUAAUUUGCUAUUGUAUUGUUUGUUCAAACAUUAAUUUUUACAUUUGAACAUUUUUUUAAAAUCUUUUUUUUUUGGUACUCCAUUAUUAUAACUUACAAUUUAAUUAUUCUCUUAUAAUACAAGAAUAAACAGGUUUUUUUUUUCAGAAAUAAUAUACUCAGUCCUAAAUAAUGUAAUUAUGUUUCAAAUUAAAAUACUGUCACUUUUUAAAUGUAAUUUACUUGCAAUACUUUUUUAAAGUAAUUUUUAUCGUCUUUUUUUUUACAUAUCUUACUAUUCUUCAAUUUCAGAACAAUAAAAAAAUAAAUAUUUAUUUUAAAUGAAGUCAAUAUUUUGUUUUGUAUUUUAAUAAUUAAUCUUUAUUUAAACACAAUUACCAACGAGAAAAUGAAAUUGUUGACUUUUGAAGGAUACUAUUAGAGUUAUCUCCCUGUUCAUCAGAUGGAGUUAUUUGCUUAAAAUUUAAAUACAUCAAAUGAGGAGCUUAAACGCAAAAAGGCCCCCUUUUUAAAUUCAACCUAACCAGUUCCAGCUAUGCAUUGAAUUUUAUCACCCACAAAAGAGUAAAAAGAGAAGGUGAUAUAAAAUGAACUAUCAAUUUUCAAUGCCAGUACUUGCUAAUUUUUAUUUAAACAGAAUGGUGUUUUUUAGAAUGCACUUAAGCCCUUUUGCAUUUGGGCUCCUAAAAUAUUUUGAGAUGUUUUUUUGUUUUGUUUUUCAAUUAUUUGUUACAAAACUUAUGUUCACUUUUAUAUCCAUAUUGUUUUCCUAUAUCUGUCAGCAGCAUAUGCAAACAGAUAUAAGACCUUGCAAAUGACUGAGAAUACAUUGAUUAAGCAUACUUCAUGCAGGCAUGUUAGUUUACUGCAAACGUGGUUUACUGCACACAAUUUUGUAUAUUUUUGAAACAUAUCAAAUAUUUAAAAGAUCACUUAAUUAGAACACAAAAAAAAAUUCAUUAUUGUAGAAUGUUUGCUAACUUCUGCAUUGUUACGAUUAUACUAUAUUUUG